AAAAGAAGACUGCAAAAGGAGAAAAUCUUCUAACCACUUCUUAAAGGACAGAAGGAACCCUGUGUUGCAAUGCUAUAGUUUUAUUUGGAAGUCUACAUUGCGCCUUUACAUGCGUAUUUAGGACAUUUCAAAAAGAAGGAACACUGGAAGUUUUCUUUUAAUAGCCAUUGUCAGUGUGUCAUGUGGAGUGCGGGGUCACACUGGAGGGCGAUGACCUGUUUUUCACCUGUCGUUCUUAUCCGGAUGGACCCGUGUACAUCUUAACAGGUUUUCUUGCGAAAAGACUCUCCCUGAACAGUCCUCCCAUAACGCGCUCAGAUGCUCACCUGGGUCCAAUUUUUGAAACGAUCGCCCGAAUCCGGCGCAAAGAGCUCACUGUCCCCGGGUGAUAGUAGCGCUGGAGCGAUGCAGUCCAUCCUGUCCUCGGCUGUCGUGCUAUGUUUCCAGGCUGUUUUACUGCUAUACAGCCCAUUACAGGUGUUAGCAGUAGAAAAUGUUAACUUUGGAGUACACGUGGAGAAUCAGACAGGGGUUCGGGACGGUUUGAGCCGGAAGCACCACAGAGUUUACCAACUAUACAGCCGGACCAGUGGAAAACAUGUCCAGGUGCUCGGCAAGAAAAUCACUGCCAUGGGAGAGGAUGGGGACAAAUAUGCCCAGCUCGUGGUGGAGGCCGACACCUUUGGGAGUCAAGUGAAAAUACGAGGAAAAGAGUCAAACUACUACAUGUGCAUGAAUCGUAAGGGGAAGCUUGUGGGAAAGAAAGCCAGCAAUGUAAAUGGAGGCUGUGUUUUCGUUGAGAUAAUGCUUGAGAAUAACUACACUGCUUGGAUGUCAGCACGCUAUGUGGGCUGGUACGUAAGCUUCACAAAAAGGGGCCGACCACGCAAGGGCCCCAACACGUUACCCAACCAGCGAGACGUGCAUUUCAUGAAACGUUUCCCUCCUGGGGAACAGCCCAACCUACAGUCCUGCAACUUUACCACGGUCAGCAAGAGGAGCAAAAGAGUCCAGCAGACCUCUACAUCUCCUCAACCACUCCCAUAAUACAACAUACCCUCUACAACACUGCGUUUUAAUGAGCACUGAUAGGAGAAUGACUCUAGGAGCUUGUUUGCAAAGACCAUUUCUUACAAAGGACAGAUAAACUACACACUAUCCUUUAAAAUGUGAUUAGGUUAGAUGUAGGACCGACCUCCCAUUAGAAGUCACAGUCAAAGGAUGAAGUUGCUUAAACACUGUGUAAUCAUGCAAACAUAACCAAAGACUCCUGGGCGAGUGUCCAGUAACUAAACCCUGACAACAAGGGGACCAAGCACUUCUGGCCAAAGAAUUCCUCUCUAAUGUCCAGUGCCACAGACUUGUCCCACCUUUAAAAUAAGCAACUGACAAGUUAAGUCAAGUGCUCUUCUUAUGUGAACUGCAACAUGGAUGCAAUCCAUUGACAGCAAAGCCUGGAAGACCUGCAAGUUCAUAUUUAAUACACAUCGACUAAAACCUGUGGACUUGGAUAUUCCCCAAAAAAAACAAGAAAAAAAAAAACAAGGAAUAUGCUAUUUAAAUGGAAAGUUCACCCAAACAUGAAAAUGGCCAUAAUUUUAAGAUGUUAGGAAGACCAUUCUCACCAUUCUCUUUCAUCUCAACUUUUUGCUAUAACAUGAAAGUGAAUGGUGACACAGGCUGUCAUGCUGUUUUUCAUCACCUUUUGUAUUCCACUGAAGAAAGUCUGUUUUGGAGGAAUAUGAGGGUGAGUAAAUGAUGACAGAAUUUCUCAUCUUUGGGUGAACUAUUCAUAUUUAACAGUAUGUAGCCCUGGGCCUAUAAGAGCCAUGAGAUUGUAACAAAGAACUAAAGUCCAUCAGAAUGUAUUUGUGAAUAGACAGUGGACACUCCUGGUAAAAGUUUGUUUGGGUUUUGCCUCAGAUGUAGCUUCUGUUGUCUUUGGUGAUUACAUCACUUUCACAAGGAGCACUGAGGGCCCCUCAAAUGUAUCAGUGUUGAAGGUACCAGAAUACCAGUGAAAUUAAGUAUAAUAUACAAGGGGGGAGCUGCUUUUCCACCACUGGGCCAAACGGUUCUUUGCACAGUAACAGUUCCUGUAGCAUUUCCACUUGAGCAUGGGUCAGGUACGGGAGGAUUACAAACCGGAAGUUUGCUAACCGUACUCAGGACAGAGAAUUUUCUGACAUGGCGGCUCAUUAUUGGUCACUUGCCCAGUCAGUCCAUUUUAAUCCUGAUUUUGCAGUACCACAGUGGAAAAAGAAGCCGCAACCAUGGCAAUGAGCCUGUAUAGCUACAGGCAUAGCUCCAAAAGGGGCGUGAGCUCCAAAUCACCAUUAAAGAUAUAGGGAGCCCCUAACCUAACACUUUCCCUAACCUUAACUCUUUUGGAGUUGGCACAACCCCCUUUUGGAGUAACCCUGCCCUCUUUUGGAGAUUCUGCCCCCAUUUGGAGGUCGCCGACCUGCAGCUAUACCAACUUGAACUGUGCGGUUCCACAACGAAACCCAUUCGGCUCGAUGGUGGAAAAGCACCUUAUGACUUCAAAGUCAUUCUUUUAAGAUAAAGUCUUAAUAAUUAAGUCAUAAUUAAGAGACAAAGAGUCAAUUAUUCAAUUCAAAGUCCUAUUUAUGACAAAAAGUUGUAAUAAUGAGGUGAAGUCAUAAUUAUGAGAUAAAAAUUAUGGGAUUACAUUUUUUUAAUUUUGAGAUCAGUCAAAAUUAAGUUUAAAAAUUAUAAUUAUCAGAAUUAACAGAUAUCAAAAUUACGAGUUAAGCACUCAUCUUGAUCUGAUGUUUUCUUUUUUUUUUUUCAUUGCAUAGAAUCAUAGUGGCCUAAUGCAUUGUGAACACAGGAGUAUUUUAAAAGUAGUUUAGCUAUUUAUGAAAUACUUGCCUUAUUUGCAGAAUUGCAUUGAAUUGUACAGAGUAAACACCCUUGAAAGGAUUAUAAGCAAGAAAAUCUUUGGCGCAAAAAGAACAAAAUGGACGUGGCACAUCUUUCAUUAACAAUGAGGAAAAAAGUUCACAGAUUCUGUAUGGGCCACUAAUUAACCAAGUAUUUGAACACUGAUCUGCACUGAUGUUUGGGGCCAUUUGAAAAUGAAAGCUGGGAAAAUACAUAUCCAACACUGGUCACUGCAUGGACAUAUUUCCACUCUAGAUAGUUACACAUGUACACAUGAGUUAUUAUAACUGACCCAGUCCUGCAAGUAAUGUAUUGCAAAAUGUUGCUUUUUGAUAACACUGUCCCAAAACUGCAUAGGGCUGGUUUAAUCUUGAGAGAUGAAAUAUUUUGAUAUUACUCAUGUUAUUAAAGUAUUUAUUUUGUGGAUGUAUGUUUUUCCCCCUUUUUACUGUUCCAUGACACCUUCAUUUAUGCCAUUGAAUGGCGAAAUGUCUUCUAAUAAUUAUUCCAUUCCCCAGUAUUGUUGUUUUAUUGCCAGCUUGUAGACCUAGAAGGUAUGAACUAUAUGAGAUCUAAACCUUUACCAGCCUUGCAUAAAUUGAAAUGGCAUAGAACGUUGAAAUUUAGUGAUAGUUCACCCAAAAAUGAAAAUUCUCUAAUCAUUUACUCACCCUUAUGCCAUCCCAUAUGGGUAUGACUUUCUUCUGCAGAACACAAACAAAACUUUUUAGAAGAAUAUCUCAGCUCUGUAGGUCCAUACAAUGCAAGUGAAAGGGUAACAAAAUUUUAAAGCUCCAAAAAGCAUAUAAAGGCAGUGUAAAAGUAAUCCAUAAGACUCCAGUGGU